AUGGGGAUAUCAGUAUUUUGUUUAGCCACGCCAAACAUCGUUCAAGCGCGGUCAAGUCAUAUCACCAUAAUCUUUGAGAUGUCCAAGAACGAGAAAUCUGACGACUUAAUUCAAAGUGGGCUAAGCGAAGACGCGGUUGUGCCGGUCAUUGACCAGGAGCAAAGCGGGCAUCCAGCUUACAAGACAGGUCUAUUCGUCGGAUCCGGAGCUGCAUUGGCCAAGGCAGGACCGCUGGGUAUUCUUUUGGCAUUCUUUUUCACAGGAGCCAUCCUCUGGAGCACGGUUCAAUCUUUGGGCGAGAUCGCCACUCUUUUCCCUGUGGCUGGUUCUUUCCCUCAUUACGCUGGGCGAUUCAUUGACCCUGCUGUGGGAUUCGCACUGGGAUGGAACUACUUUUACACGUUUGCUCUGUCUGUGGCAUCGGAACUGACAGCGGUGGCUUUGAUAAUCUCGUAUUGGUCUUCGCUGAACCCUGCUAUCUGGAUCACCGUUGGCUUUGUUCCCAUGAUUGCCUUGAAUUUCCUCCCCGUCAAGUGGUAUGGCGAGGCUGAAGUCAUUACCGCCAGCAUCAAGAUUCUCACAUUCAUUGGACUUCUGCUUGUAGGUCUGAUCAUUGAUCUUGGCGGUGGACCCGAUCACGAUAGAAUAGGCUUCCGAUACUGGAAGGACCCCGGACCCAUGAAUACAUUUCCUGGUAUCGAUGGAAGUCUAGGCCGUUUUCUGGCAUUCUUCUCAGCUUUCAUCAAUGCCGCAUUCUCUUACGGCGGCACGGAAGCUGUGAUUCUGACUGCUGCCGAGUGUCGAAAUCCCACGGUACAAAUUCCACGCGCUGCCAGAAGGGUACUUUAUCGUAUCCUGUUUUUCUAUAUCUGCGGAUCGCUCAUCAUUGGUAUGACGGUACCUUAUAACAAUCCCAGAUUGCUUGCAGGAACCGGCAAUGCAGCAUCGUCGCCGUUCGUCAUCGCUAUCGAGAAGGCAGGAAUCAAGGUUUUGCCAUCGAUAUUUAAUGCUUGUAUCCUGACCAGUGCCUGGUCAGCCGGAAAUACUUAUAUUUAUAUGUCCUCCCGAACCCUGUUGGGACUAUCAUUAUCUGGACAGGCACCUCGUUUCUUAUCGAAAGUCACAAAGGCGGGCGUGCCAUACUAUUGUGUUGCUAUAACUUCCUCUUUUGGCCUACUCUCUUAUUUAAGUGCCGGAAAGGGAGGCUCGAUACAAGCAUUCACUUGGCUUUUAAGUUUGUGUGCACUUGCUGGUCUUAUCUCCUGGGGGACAUUAUGCGUUGCUUUCAUUCGUUACCACCAAGCAAUGAAAGCACAAGGCAUUGAUCGAAAUUCAUUGGCGUGGCAUGGGCCUCUGCAACCAUACGCUGCUUAUUUUGGAGCUGCUUUCUGUUUCACCAUCGUCCUCUUUAGCGGUUUCUCGGUCUUCAUCAAGGGCCACUGGGACACUUCUACGUUCUUUGCGAGCUAUAUUAGUAUCCCCAUUUUUGUCGUCCCAAUCAUGGGAUGGAAAUUGUACAAGAAGACCAAGUUCGUCAAACCUUCUGAGGCCGAUUUGAUCAGUGGCCGACUCGCCGAGGAAGACUUCGUACCGGAGCUUGAGCCUGCGCCCACCACUCGUUGGGGCAAGAUUCUGGAUAAGAUCUUGUGA